GCACGCUACCCGGUCACCCGGCAAACGGCUAGGCCGAGUCGAGUUAUCAGCCCCGCUUCGCCGCGUUCCAUGACAGGUGACAACUGGCACUGGCCUGCUUACAUGCCUCCAUGCCUCCAUGGUCCGCGGGGUCGUCAAGACUUUUGCUGGGUUGUCCGGUCCGUAAAAUAACUCGCAUCACGCCGUCCGGUUACACGCCCGUACAGUGCUGUCUCACCAUCUUUCGGACUCUCCGCUUCAGUCCACAAAGGGUUUCUCCAUGGCGGAACAGAAAACCACUACCGAGCAGCCCGCUCCGGCCACGGAUGCGCCAUCGACUUCGGCCGCGGCGGCAGCCACCACUCCGGCGGAGCCAAGCACCUCGACCGCUCCGGCCGAACCCGCCGAACCUGCCGCCGCAUCUACUACUGGCGUGUUGCCGGCCGAGUACUGGACCUCGCAGGCACCUCCUGGAGUGACCGAAGAUGCGGACUCAUCGCUCGGAACCGAUGUCGAAAGUUCCACGGCAUCCAUCACCUCCAGCAUUCUCGAGUACCGCACCCUCUACGGCCGAACCUAUCACAGCGCGCAUAGCAAUGCCCAGUACUGGGCCUCCAACGACGAGAGGCAGUCCGAGGCCAAUGACAUGCUACACCAUAACUUGACCCUGCAGUUGGAUGGCAAGCUCCACCUGGCGCCCAUCAAGAAGGACAUUAAGAAAGCAAUUGAUAUUGGCACAGGGACAGGUAUUUGGGCCAUCGACUUCGCCGAUGAGUUCCCCGACACCCAGGUCAUCGGUACAGAUAUCUCGCCAAUCCAGCCCUCCUGGGUCCCGCCAAACCUCAAAUUCGAGAUCGAGGACUUCACACAGCCAUGGACAUUUGCUGACAACUCGGUUGACUACGUGCAUAUGCGAUGGCUAGUGGGCAGCGUCAAGGAUUGGAACGAGCUCUUCAAAGAAGCGUACCGAAUCGUAAAACCAGGGGGUUACAUUGAGAGUUACGAACCCGACGCCUUCAUGAUCAGCGACGACGGCACCGUCAAGGAGACAGAUGCCAUUGCUCAAUGGGGACGCAUCUUUGCCGAGGGCGGCAAGAAGCUUGGCCAAACAUUUACCGUCUACACCGAUGAGUUGCAGAGAAAAGGCAUGGAGGCGGCUGGCUUUGUUGACAUUCAACAGCACGAACUGAAGACCCCCAUCGGCCCCUGGCCCAAAGACGAGCGCUUGAACGAAAUUGGACGCUUUUCACAGAUGGUUUUGGACCAGGAUGCUGAGGGAUAUAUCCUCUUCAUCGCCAACACUCUGGGCUGGACACGAGAAGAGAUUCUUGUCUACCUCGCCAUGCUGCGUCGCGAGAUCCGUUCGGCAAAGCACCAUGCCUACUACCUCCAAAGGGUCGUCUGGGCCCGCAAGCCCGAGAACGACUCGUAGUAUGGAUGCAGUGAUGUUCCUAGUUUCUGUUGACGUCCCUUUUGCUAGGUAGCAAGCGUGCAAGCUCUAGAACGGCAGUAUCAUAGGACUUGGGUAUAUGAGCCAUUCUUCUAUCUCGCAGUCUCAGAUGACUCGGCUGAGCAUCAUGAUCGACUGUGGAUUUCUCAUUACACAGUGCACAUGUACACGUAUGAGCUACGGUGAUCAUCAGCCCAGCCACCAACGGCACACUCCGCGCUUUUGCGUGAUCGAGGCUGAGAUCAUGGAUGCGCUAGAGACAAUAGUUUUCCGACAUCCAAUCGCCGACCUGGUCACUGACACGAAGCCGAUAGUGUGCAGCGUAGCUGAUCAAGAGGCGCAUUUGUCAAUUCAAGGGCAGCCUUGGGGCUGCUUGACCGGGA